AUGGGAAGUAUAUCAGAAGCUGAGCAUGUGCUCAACAACCGGGGUUCAGACCUUUCACGUAGGCCACGCGUCCUCGACCUCUUCGGAAAAGCCAAGCAAGAUGGUCGCCCACUGCACGUUUCUGCUCCCAUGGUGCGCUAUAGCAAGUUGCCCUUCCGGAUGUUGGUCAGAGAGUACGGCGCCGAUGUCAUUUUCACACCGAUGAUGCUGGCCCAUGAGUUCAUACGAUCUGGUAUUGCAAGAGAUUCGGAUUUCUCUACUCAUCCCCUCGAAUAUGGAAGUCUCAAAGAUGAGAGACAAACUGCAGUCAUCGCACAAUUCGCCUCCUCGGAUCCGGAAGAAUUUGCUCGCGCGGCGGAAAUGAUUGCGCCUUGGGUCGAUGGGGUAGAUCUGAAUUGUGGGUGUCCGCAGAGUUGGGCGGUUAAGGAGGGGAUUGGAUGUGCUUUGCAGGAGAGUCCGGAACUUGUGGCGAGGAUUGUGAGGGCCGCAAAGGAGAGAAUUGGGGGGAUGGGCAAAAGUGUUAGUGUGAAGAUUCGAAUUCACAAGGAUUUGGAGGGCACGAAGCGCUGGGUUGAGGUCGUGCAGGAUGCGGGUGUGGAUUUUAUUACGGUGCAUGGGAGGACGAGGAGUCAGAGGAGUAGUACGGAGCCGGAUUACGAGGCUGUGAGGGAACUGAGAAGUGUGGUGAGGGUUCCGAUGGUGGCAAAUGGGGAUGCGUACAGUCUGCCUGAUGUCAAGAGAAUUGCGGAGUCGACUGAGGCGGACGGUGUCAUGGCUGCGAGAGGGAUUUUGGAAAAUCCGUCCAUGUUUGCGGGUUAUGAUGAAGUGCCUGCGAAAUGCGUACAGGACUUCUUACGCUGGGCUUUGAGGUGUCCGAUACCUUUUCCGCUGAUCCUGCACCAUGUGAGUGACAUGACUGGUCGCAUGCAAUGGUUUACGAAGAAAGAAAAGAGGAGGCUGAUGGAAUGUCGAGAUCUUCUGGAUCUCAUUGACUUCGUUGAGGAUAAGUGGGGGCUUGUUUGA